AUCAUGAUCAAAGCCCAUGAGCUGAACUUCGACAACGGAGAAUAUGUUUUCUUCAACAUUGAUCUUUUCAGCAGCAAGAACGCCAGUGAGACGCCAUGGUACCGAUCAGAUGAUACGUCGGAGCGUAAUGACAAGGCCAGAAAAGCUUACGAAAGCCUAAUGACCGUCACCUUGAGAAUGCCUACAAGCACUGAGUACAGGGAGUUUUCCAACGAAGUCAAGGCGAGAGCUGCAGAGAUGUAUCCUAACUUUACCUAUGGAGAAGAUGAGGCUAUCACCCGCAGAAUGUGGAACAGAACCUUUACAGGGAUAACUGGUAACGUGAGUAUCGAUGCCAAUGGAGACCGAAAUGCUGAUUACUCGCUGCUGGACCUCAAUCCCAAAACUGGCAGAUUUGAGGUGGUCGCGAACUACUUUGGCAACGAGAGGUACUACCGCCGUGUGGAAGGAAAAGAAAUCCACUGGGCCGGUGGGAGGCAGGGUCCACCCCCCGACACUCCCAAGUGUGGAUUUGAUGGAUCCAAAUGUCCUCCAGAUGAACCUUUCCCGGAGUACGGCAUUGUCAUCAUUGUUCUUGGAACAUUGCUUUUGCUAGUUCUUAUUGUAGUCUUCUCUAUAUACAGGCACAUCAAACUGGAAGCAGAACUGGCAGAAAUGAACUGGCGAGUGCGGUGGGAUGACAUCCUGUUUGGAGUGCUGGAGAAAAACAAAAAGAUGGACAGACAAGGAAGCAGACUAAGCCUUGGGAGGAGUUCAGUGUCCACGGGCUGUUCAGGGGACACAAUCGCCGUACACUUGAAUGAUGCCCGCAACCGGCAGCUGUUUACCAAGACUGGAUACUACAAGGGCGCCAUCAUCGCCAUCAAACCCAUCAAUAGAAACAACAUCACCAUCACCAAGCCAAUGUUACUGGAAAUCAAGAGGAUGAAAGAUCUGCAGAAUGAUCACAUUGUCCGGUUCAUCGGAGCCUGUAUAGACUGCUCCAACUGCUGCAUCCUCACGGAGUACUGCCCCAAAGGGAGUCUACAGGAUGUUCUAGAAAACGAUCAAAUCAAGCUUGAUUGGAUGUUCCGUUAUUCUAUCAUGCAAGACAUUGUCAGGGGAAUGGCAUACCUACAGGGUACAGAGAUCCACUCCCAUGGCAACCUGAAGAGCAGCAACUGUGUUGUGGACAGUCGGUUUGUGGUCAAGAUUACCGAUUUUGGACUGCACCACCUUCGGGGGACGGCUAACCCCAGCGAGGAGGACAAGCAGAACUACAGUUAUUAUCAAAGUAUGCUAUGGACAGCACCUGAGUUGCUACGGAUGACCUACCGCCCACCGGAAGGAACCGUCAAAGGGGAUGUCUACAGCUUUGCCAUCAUCUGCCAAGAAAUUGUUUACAGAAAUGGAGUAUUCUACAUACAGCAUUAUGAUCUGUCGCCACAAGAAAUCUACCAAAAGGUCAAACUUGGCAUGAAGCCAUACUUUAGGCCCACAUUAGAAGAAUUUGACUGCCCUUGUGAUGAGCUGGCCGGUGUUAUCAGACGGUGCUGGUCUGAAGACCCUGCAGACAGGCCAGAUUUUCAAGCUCUGAAGUCUAUAAUUAGAAAGUUAAACAGGGAUGGAGACAAGGGGAACAUCCUGGACAAUCUGUUGUCUCGCAUGGAGCAGUACGCCAACAAUUUGGAGGCCUUGGUGGAAGAACGUACAGCAGACUAUUUGCAACAGAAGAAGAAGGCAGAAGAUCUAUUGUAUAAUAUGUUACCAAAAAAAGUUGCCUCGCAGCUAAUCAGGGGCGAAUCCGUCACAGCCGAGUGGUAUGACAAUGUGUCGAUAUACUUCAGUGACAUCUGUGGUUUCACUGCCUUGUCUGCGGAGAGUACGCCGAUGGAAGUUGUCGAUCUGCUGAAUGACUUGUACACAACGUUUGACUCAAUUAUCGAACAUUUUGACGUCUAUAAGGUGGAGACAAUAGGGGACGCCUACAUGGUGGUCUCUGGACUUCCUGACCGGAAUGGAAACAUCCAUGCGCGUGAGAUCGCCAGAAUGUCCUUGUCCUUGCAGAAAGCAACCUUGACCUUCCGUAUACGUCAUAAGCCGGACUACCAACUGAAGAUCAGGAUAGGCAUUCAUACAGGGCCUGUAUGUGCUGGUGUGGUAGGCCUGAAGAUGCCUAGGUAUUGUCUCUUUGGGGACACAGUGAACACGGCCUCAAGAAUGGAAUCGAAUGGUCUACCUCUCAAAAUCCACGUCAGCCCGCAGUGUAAAGAGGUUUUAGACUAUUUUGGCUCAUUUGAAUUAGAACUCAGGGGAAAUGUAGAAAUGAAGGGCAAGGGUCAAGUGGUGACUUACUGGCUUCUAGGGGAGAAAAACACAAGUGACAGCCCUGGUGUUUCGCUCAAUAUUUUGUGA